GGUGACGUCACGGUUGAUUGACAGGCGGGGUGCGACAGCGCAUCGGACGAGGUGGCCAUAGACGAGACCCCGCCUUCACCGCAGUGCCGGCGUGAUGCUCUAGGGGGGACAUGAGGAGGGGGCGCUGGUCGGGCGAGUGGGGAAUCGGUAGCGGCCGCCCUCACCGAAACCCUCACCGAAACCCUCACCGGCACCGGCAACGUCUCCUCCGCGCCGCGCCGCGGCUACGCCGGGAUCUCCUCUCGGUCUCGCCGGCGAGUUGCCGGGCGGCACGACUCGCCGCCGGCUGCUGAAGUUUCGCCGUUUGGUUUGGGUUACCACCAGCAGUGUUUGUACGAAGCUCGCGAAUUGAUCGCAGCCGUGUUAAUUUUCCGUGAGACAAAAAAACCAAACAAACUGUAAUCGGUGUUUUAUAAACUUGCUGUCCUCAGCGCUAAUUGCCAAAAUCAGCCGGUCCCCAGCGGGCGUCAGACGGCGCCACCGCCGCUCGCGAUUUUAUAUAACUUGUGACACUUAACACGAGAUGGCCUAACCGCGCGUAGCCACUUUAUACAUGUUCACGAUUGGUUUGAGCCUGACCCCAGGCGUGUACGGUUUGCCUCGCUGACACGCGCGGCGUGACGGGUCCCGGUCUCGCUCCCUUAUACCACGAUGAGCUCUUGACUGAGAACUUUGGGGAGCGGGAGACCCGCGGAUACCGUGCGAGGCCCAUCACCCGGACAUUCCUUUCAUCGGUGUUGACGGUUUCAACAUCGUCAUCGUCAAAAAUUUACAGCAGCAAAAGCCACAACCGCAACAAAAGCUCCAACCAGCAACAAGAACAGCAACAAUAAUCCACAGCAGCAAAACCAACAACAACAACAGCAUUAAUAGUCCAAAACGGCAUCAACCACCUCAGCAGGUACAACAACCACAACAACAACCCACAACAUCAGUCAUCUACCGGCACAACAACAACAACAACAAUUGAUCUCGUCAAGGAGCAGCGGCUUUUGGCUGGCCACCAAACAAAGACGGUCACCGCAUCGGCCGCUUUCAGACGCGCUUCUGUGGCCGUCUGGAACGCUCUUCCGAUAUUAGCAAUCUACCGGGGGCGAUGCACGUUUCACAUCAUCUCGAUUGAAUACUCAUUUCUGGAGAAAUGAUUUUCGUGCUUUAGUUUGUUCUACUUCCCCCGGCACCUCCGACCACGUACGCCGCUAAAGAAGCUCAGCGUACGUACACGCACAACCGCAGCGGUGGUAGCGUCAGCGCGCGGCGGCGGCGACGAUGGUGGUGCGAGCGUUCCCGCUGUGCAAGCUGGGCCGGCUGCUGCGCUGGCUCAAGCUGCUGCUGUGCCUGGCGCUGCUGUGCCUGGCGCUGGCUCGCUCGCACGACUUCCUCAGCUCGCUGCGGCACAACGUGCUCACGGAGCGCCGCUUCCUUGGCCUGCACCGCUGCCCGGCGUGCUUCGGCACCAGCUGGUGCCGACGCUUCUCGGCGGGGCAGCUCACCUUCCGGGGAGCCGCGCAGUUCCGCCUGCUCGACAGGUUCAACCGGCAGCAGGUGUUUGCCGGGCGGCACACGGAGCCGCGGGAAGGCCCGCGCGAUGUCACCCUCAAGCGCCUGGGCUCGCCGGCGCAGCUGGCCGAACUGGACCGCGCCCUCUGCCUGCGCGCCACCGGGCGGGCCGCGUGCGACGUGGCCAAGGCCGUCCUGCGCUCCGAGUUCAACCGUCUCAACGGCGACCCCAAGGCCGGCGUGCCACCGGCGCGGCUGCUGACGCCGGCCGUGGUGGAGGGCUGGUCCGACCUGGUGCACUGCCCGUCGCAGCGGCUGCUGGACCGCGUGGUGCGGCGCUACGCGGAAACACGCGACUCGGGCAGCUUCCUGCUCAAGAACCUCAAGGACUCGGAGAAAAUCACCCUCCUCCUCACCAUCGCGUUCAACCCCGAGCCGCUCGUCAUGCAGAGCUUCCCUCCGGAUGAGGGCUGGCCUCUGGCCAAGUACCUGGGUGCGUGUGGGCGGAUUGUGGCCGAGAGCUACGUGGGGCCUCCGCUCUCCGACCUCCUGAGCUCGCCCUGGGAGAAACGUGUCGACCUCGCCUGGCAGGCCCUGGAGCUGGCGGAGCAGCUGAGCAACAACGACCUGGACUUUGGCCUCUACCUGCUGGACGUGCGAGCCGAGAGCUUCGGCGUGGGCACACGCGACGGGCGGCUCAUCCUCACCGAGGCCUCGCGAGUCCUGGUGUCGGACAAGCGCCACAUCCGCCAGGAGCGCCCGGCCCAGUUUGACUCCCCAUACGAGACAGCGCACCAGGAUUGCCGCGACUCCUACGACUGCCUCGCCCUCUCCCCGUCGCGCAAGCACCUCUGCUCGCGCCUCUCUCACGACCACAACCACUACGCCGUGUGCCGCAACCUCCUGGCUCCGCUGUGGGCCGGGGGCACCCGGGGCGGGGCGGCUCUGCUCGGGGGGGCCCCGCGGCCCCUGGCGGGCCGCCUAGAGGCCCUGCUGGCCGAAUGCGUGCGGCCCAAGAGGCCCGGCGGGCGGGCCGCGGCAGCCGGAGAGUUGCGAAGAUGGCUCGCCGAUCUCAACGCCAACUACAGCAAGCUGGCGGCGGCGGCGGGGAUUGUGGAUGUCAGUGGCGGCACUGAGAGGUAGCGGCUGACUUGGGGGGGGGAACGGGGGGGGCGGCAGGGGGGGGGAGGUCGGUGCGGCCUGACCCGCGACCUGGCCGCUCGCCGCCACCGUGAGUGCCGAUGCUGGACGGCGUUUGCCGGACGUGGCGGUAGCGCACGCGGUGAGGGUUGGGUCGGAGCGACGACGGUUUUUUUACUCUCCGCUACCCCCCCUGCUCCGAUGAGCAUCGUUGAGGCCGGCGCUCAUCUGUUUACAGCCCUGCAGAGCCAGCCGCCGGAGACAUUCCACAUUCUCGUGGCAGGUGGAGGACGGGGGGGGGGGGGGCGAGCGAGUCUACCCGUAGGACGACCGCCAUUGACGUCUCCUGCGAAGUGGUGCUUCAUUUUCUCGACCGCGUUUCGGAGAGAUGAUGGGCCGGGACAAGCAAGCCACCCCCCCUCCCCCCACCCCGCCAACCAGGAUUCGAACUCGGGGACUUCCGCUCGCUCCGCCGCUGAGCUACCGGGGCCAGAAGACGUGGCCCCCCAGGUGCGGUGAAAUAUGGUACUUGAAGAUUUUUAGUUGUUUUUCUAAACUGUAUUCCGCUAAGUUUCCGCAAGCUUCCGAACUCGCCUCACUUCCUCCUCGCUGUCGUCUAACGCACGCUCGGGGCAGUGUUAGCAGUGACCAAUUGGGCACUGUACGCGUGGUGUUUGUUCGCGCUAUCGCUCUCGUCGCACCGACUGCCCGGUGGUCUCACGGUAGUUUGGCGACGUUUGGUGAUCCCAAGCGAGUGAUUUUGUGGUGCGAUUUUUUUUUUCGAAUCGGGCAAAAUUUGAACAAACUGAACACACACUCUCUAGGACAGGGGGAGUACAUACAAACUGAACACACACACACACUGAACACACACACAUACUGAACACACACACACUCUCUAGGACAGGGGGAGUACAUACAAACUGAACACACACACACUGAACACACACACAUACUGAACACACACACACUCUCUAGGACAGGGGGAGUACAUACAAACUGAACACACACUCACUCUCACUAGAACAGGGUGAGUACAUACACACUGAACACACACACACACUCUGUAGAACAGGGGGAGUACAUACAAACUGAACACACACACACUGAACACACACACACACUGAACACACACACACUGUAGAACAGGGGGAGUACAUAUAAACUGAACACACACACACACUGAACACACACACGUACUCUGUAGAACAGGGGGAGUACAUACAAACUGAACACACACACACACUGAACACACACACACACUGAACACACACACACUCUGUAGAACAGGGGGAGUACAUACAAACUGAACACACACACACACUGAACAUACACAUACACACUGAACACACACACACUCUGUAGAACAGGGGGAGUACAUACAAACUGAACACACACACACACUGAACACACACACACACACUAAACACACACACACA